AUGAGAGAAUACCGGCAGAAUCUUGCGCUUCAAGUAUAUCUCCAGAAGCUACGAGAAGAGAGCCCUCUCGUACCAUAUCAGCCAUCCUCGCCCGAGACGACCCUGAUCUCCCGAUACGUUGGCGUGCUCGGACCAGAGCCCGCUGGUAGGCAGCCUUUUGAGGUCUUAGGGACCUGGAUACAGUCUAUUCCCUCGCGCAUCGGGUCGAACAAGAUGCUUGAUUUGGCCGUUCAGUUCUUCGUCGAUAGUCACGCUACGUAUCGAGAUGAUAUGCACUCGAAGCGCAAGGUCGCGAGAGCUUCAAAGGCUAAAGCGCUCAAGGAAUUGCAGCUCGCCGUGAUGAACACUGAUAACAAGGUCACGUACGACAUCCUGUUGGCUACGAAAUUACACUACGCUGCUGAGGCUCUUCUAGGGCUCGAUACUAUGUAUUACGCGAUUCAUGCGUUCGGAAUCGCCGAGCUGCUGAGGUCAGGUGCGGUGGCGGAAGUUGAUGACGAUCAUUUCUGGAAUUUGAUCGACAAUACCUAUAUCGACGAUAGAGCGUCGAUGGCCGUCAUGCACGUUUUCAUUCAGUGCCCUUACGCGGUAGCAUUGAUCCGAGAAGCCAUUUCGAACCCCGAGGACACGAUCGCGCUUGCAAUCGCCAUGUCAUAUUUGGAGGGUCUGAUGCAAAUCAACGUGUCGCAGCACGUAGCUGAGCUCAUUGAAACGACCGUGUCUGUGGUACCGAUUCCACCGUCACCGGACGUCGCCGACCUAAUGCCCGACACCCUCGAGUUCAAUUCGAUGGCCAUUGCCCCAUGGCACCGCAUGACCCGAGAUCUUACUACUCAACGCUCACCAUCCGCCUCGCCAGGCACCCCCUCGGACGUGGCGACGGAGGUCACACGCGCCAAGCGCAUGCAAGCCUGGAUAGUCAACGAAACCAACAAGAUACACAAGAACUGGAACGUCGCCACCGUCGAUGAAGAAAUUCUUAUCGAAGCUCUAGAAGCUUUAUCCGGAGAGAAGAUGCCAGAUUGGCUACCAACACGCGUGCGAUUCGUCCCCGAAGAAGGCGAAAUGGCUCUACACAUGGAAUUCGAGAACAGAACAGGGACCUACUCCACCGGGAGAAUCGAUAAUGGCAGAGGAAGAAUGUACAUGUGGUCGAGCUACCGCUCAGAGGAGGGCGGAAUGAAAGACCUGUAG